AUGAGCUGCGGGAUCCUGACUGAGUUCAUGAAUUUUAUAUUGUCUAUCGUCUUUAUUUGUAUCUGUAUUGUUGGUGGAAAGGAGGAUAUUCUGUCAGAAAAGAUCGAACAAUUGACAGAAUGGUCGAUGAAAAAACCAGUUAUUCGUUUGAAUAGCGAACGUUUCAAACAUUAUGUGAAAACUCCACCACGCAAUUAUUCUGUGAUUGUUAUGCUGACGGCUUUAUCACCACAACGACAAUGUGCAAUAUGCAAACAAGCACACGAUGAAUUUCAGGUUGUAGCUCAGUCGUGGCGUUAUUCAAGUGCAUUUUCAAAUAAAAUAUUUUUUGCUAUGGUAGAUUUUGAUGAGGGUAGUGACGUUUUUCAAUAUUUGAAAUUAAAUUCUGCACCGGUUUUUAUCCAUUUUCCACCAAAAAUGAAACCAAAAAAAGGUGAUUACAUGGACAUAAGUCGAUGGGGAUUUUCUGCGGAACAACUCGUCAAAUGGAUUAACGAUCGUGCUGAUAUACAUAUUCAUGUGUUUCGCCCACCCAAUUAUUCUGGUUUUCUAUUAGUUAUUUUAUUAGUGACAAUGAUAGCCGGUUUAUUGUAUAUUAAACGAAAUAGUCUCGAAUUUUUAUAUAAUAACCUUCUUUGGGGAGUUUCUGUUAUCCUGGUCAUUCUAGUCUGUACCUCUGGUCAAAUAUGGAAUACUAUAAGGGGUAGUCCAUUUCUUCAUCGCAAUCCGCAAACCGGACAAAUUGCAACAAUUAGUUACUUCAUAUCGGGACAAAUGUGGAACAUGAUAUCUGGUCCGCCGUUUCUUGGAAAAAAUAAAAAUUCAGUGGGCUUAUUUAGCGGUAGUUCUGGUUAUCAAUUUGUUGCAGAGACAUAUGUGGAUAUCCAUAUAGAUGAUUUGAUAGCAUUUGAUGAAGCAAAUGCUUUUGUUAAUGGAAAAAUAAAAUCUAUAGAACGAAAACUCAGUUUUAUUAUCAAACUAAAUAUUGAUGAUCAGUUUACUGAACACACUGAAGAAUGCGGUGAAAAACGAACUAUAGAAUUACAAAUUGAAUAUCCUUUACAGUAUCCAUUACUGUCACCUGAUGUUUGUCUUCGUACUUAUUUUCCACGUGAUAUUCAUCAAAAAUUUCAUUCAAUAUUACAAGAAUUUCUAACUAUUAAAACGGCAUCAAAUAACGAACCGUAUAUUCUUGAAUUAUUAAUGUAUAUUAAAGAUAGUAAUGUUUUCUCACUAAUUAUUAAAAAUGAUAUAUCACCUAAUGCUACAGAGCAAUUAACAACAAAACAAAGUCGACUAUGGAUAUAUAGUCAUCAUAUUUAUAAUAUUGAAAAACGACGUCAUAUUGUUAAUUGGGCAAAUGAAUUACGGUUAUGUGGAUUUUCAUUACCGGGUAAGCCUGGUAUUAUUAUGAUUGAAGGAGAUGAUAUAGAUGUAAAUACGUUCUGGUCUCGUCUUCGCUCAUUACAAUGGAAACGUUUACAAAUUAAAGAAAAAGAAGAUAUCGAAAAAGAUGAUAAAAAAUUUGAUAAUUUUGAAGAACUCUCGUUUGGUGAUAAUGGAAAAGGUCGAGACUAUCAUAUGAAUUUCGGUCAAUUUUAUCAAUUUUUAAUUGAAAAAAAAUUGGAAAAUAUAUUUAGUACAUACUUUGGAGUAGAUGGAACAGUAGCAGAAAAAAAUUAG